AUGCGAAGAAACGGGCGUGGAAACGGGCGUGGAGGUCGGAAUGGGAAUGGGAAUGGUGGUCAGAAUGAGCACAUACCGAGUUUCAUCAGGAAUAGACCGUGGUAUGUAGGGCAGCAGCAGCAAGGGAAUGCCGAGGCUGGGGGGUCUGGUAGCGGCGAGGAGGAUUACUUGGCACACCAUCGGCUUGGGUCGACGAAACAGCAGCAGCCUGGCAAGAGUACGGGGAUUCAGGAUGCGUUUUCGUAUGUUCGGAGAAGCGGCGGGGGACCGAGGUGCGAGAACUGCGGUGGGCAUGGACACUUGAAGCGCGACUGUUUGGAACGGCCCAAGAAGCGUGGGGCCAGUGGGACCAGUGGGACCAGUGGCCAAGGCGAAGGCGAAGGCGAAGCCAGUGUCGUGCGUGUGCGUGACGAGAGCGUCAUCGAGGCCGACUACGAUGCGAAGAGGGAUCGCUGGUACGGAUAUGUCCCGGACAUCGACGAGCUCGAGCGGAAACAUGCAGCAGCAAGGAACUCCAAGCAGCAGCAGCAGCAGCAAAGGACCAUGGACGAGAUCCAGCGGCACGAAAUGGAGCGGUUGAAAUUGGUCCCGGAAGACCUCGGAUUCGACGCUAUCUUGCCCUUGGACGCGGAGAAAUACAACCCGGUUCGCUCAAGAGACGACAGAGCAGCCUACCUACAGGACAUGAAUGCAGAGGAAACGCUCUACGACCCGAAAUCCAGAAUAUACAAAUCUAAAGAAGACGGUACGAUAGACCCGAAAUCGAACAUGUUCAGACGUCAUUUGACAGGCGACGCUUUGCAAGUAGGUGUUAUCAACGAAAGGGUACGACAAGAAGCCCUGAAAUCCGGUGUCAAGGAUUUCGAAGUCAACAAGGAGAAGUUAAACCACGUAUUCGCGGCAAACCCGACAAAGUACGAGCUACUCAUGCGUUCUGAAACGGGGUCUGAGUCGAGCUCGAAAGGAUCUGCAGGUUCGGAGUCUAAAAAUUCCACAGAUCAGGCCCAGGAUGAACAAGAUCAGCAGCAGCAGCAACAACAACUACCGAAAAGACGCAGGGUGGAACACGCAUCGUUACCCUCGAAUUCCCAGAUGAAGGAUUUGUAUGACAAGUAUAUGUAG